GAGCACCCGCCGCAGCCAACUUUCUAAACAAGCAUGAAUAUGUUCUUGUAACGCUCACCCCGGACGAGCCAAAGCGAACCCUGUUCCUGAACCUAACUAAAGCUCAACAACCAGCGUAAACGACACGCAUUGCACAGCCUUCUUUAGUCUGAAUCACUAGACGUAUCUUUGCCGCACGCCACUCGUCACCCUGUUCUGCAUCGUCUUACCUGAAACUACUUAUAUUGCAGUCUGCAGCUUGUUACUCCUUGUCUCUCUGCUUGUUAUUUACGUCGUGUCUGGCGAAGCUCACCCUCACCCCGCAAGCCCCGGAGCCGACGACACCCAUCGUCACCGCCGCUCACCCAAAAUGGCGACGCAAGCCCACUGCGCAUAUUGCUUCGAAUCGCUGUCUGCGAGCUUGGAAAAGCGCCCUAGCCUCUCAUUACGACAAGUUGAAGCGUUAUGGAGGAAAUAUAACGCCGACCCCACGUCCUCGGACAUCGAUGCUGAUACGUCGAUUCACGACGUGGAAACCUCGGAGGACGAGGAUAUGGAAGACGCGAAUGAACACCUUGAAUCCAGUUCAGAGACUCAGAUACAUUCGCAGUCUCCGUAUCGACCAGCUGCGAUUUCACGACUUCUUGCUCCUAGUCCGUCAACCGUGUCUAGCUCUUCAGUGAAUAGCAGUAUUUCGACGCCAGCAAGUGGGGUUAGUGAGGCGAGCUCGGCGACCAGUAAGAGUAGCUCGCGCAGCAGUUUCUUUAGUUUGGGGCGGCGGUUGAAGAAGGAGAAGGAGAGGGUCGAGGUGCAGGAUCACCCGCUUUUCGUGACGUGGAAUACAGUUGCGAAGGGUGGGGAUAGGAGGUUGAGGGGUUGUAUUGGGACGUUUGAGGCGCAGGAGUUGGAUGAUGGGUUGAGGUCUUAUGCUUUGACCAGUGCCUUCGAUGAUACCCGUUUCCUCCCCAUCCCCCUCCGCGAACUCCCCACCCUCGAAUGCGGUGUAACCCUCCUCACGCACUUCGAGCCCGUCUCCUCCGCACUCGACUGGAACAUCGGCACUCACGGCCUCCGCAUCUCCUUCACCUACCAUGGCCGCCGCUACGGAUCCACCUACUUGCCAGACGUCGCCAAGGAACAAGGCUGGACAAAGGAAGAAACGAUUAUCAGCUUGAUGCGGAAAGCGGGGUGGAGUGGCAGGAAGGAGGAUUGGAAGAAGGUGGAUUUGAGUGUAGUGAGGUAUCAGGGAAGGCAGGUUAGGCUGGAGUAUAGGGAGUGGAGGGAGUGGAGGGAUUGGGUGGAGAAGGAGGGGAGUUAGAUGCGUUGGUGUAGGCGUAUAGAUGGGGUUAUGGGUGCGGGACUAGGGUUGGGAUUGGGAUUGGGAUUGGGGUUUGGACGACACCUCAUGAGAUAUGCUUGAUAUCCAUGGCGGCUGGCAGCAUGGCGUCGUGGGGGGUAUAAUGGGUCUGGAAUGGGUUGAGGGUUAUAUUGGGUAUCAUCUUGGAACUAGGAAUUUUGGACUUAGACGCCUUGAUCGACAAGCACAAAUCUACGCUAUCAAAUCUAGAUCUCCCAUCCAUACUAAUAAACACCUGUUGGCAAA